AAAAGACUUAAAUAAAAGUCAACCAUUUGAAUUGAAGAGAAUGGAUGAGAGUUUGGUGUUGUUGACAUAUGAGUUUCGACUUGCUCAUAAGUUGAGGAGUGAGGACUAUCCAAUAUUGAAUUGAGAGCUUCUCUCUUUUCUGCUCAUGUUUUAUCUUCUGCUCUUGCAUUGAAUUGAUGUAAACUCUGUUUCAUUUGAAAAUAAUAAUGUCAUCUUUCUUACACAAAAAAAAAAAAGGGUCUAAUAAAAAAGUGGACUUUGACUCAAGGAAUGUGAAAAACAAAAAGCAAAAUUCGCCGGAAAUAACAAAAGAAAAGCACACAGCUUUUGGUCCUAAUUCUUCUUGGCUACUCAAUGAACAUCCAUUGGAUUGAGCCGCUAGUGAGAUUUUAGUGUUUUUUUCCUUGUAGGGAUUUAAAAGUCUGGUCUUGUAAGAUUCUUGUUGCUUCUCUGCCGCAACGAGACACUGCCUUUUGCUAUUCCUUAUGUCAAUUUCUUGAAGGUUUGAGUUACUUGACUUGUGAAAACUUUUAAUUUGGGAGAUGAUGCUCUUUGCUUGAACCGGUACUAAGAAUACUUGACUGCUGAAUUUUUUUUGGUUUGAGUGAUGAUGCAAAAGGUGUGGACAGAAUCUUCAUGAUGCAGAGUGGUAUCAUGAUAUACAGAGAGGCGAAGACUUUGUUUAUACUAUUUUAUAGACACUUGAUGAGAGCUGACAUUAGGGUAGGCCAAGAUCUUUAUGGAGAUCAAGUCAAGUUUCCUUGAAGUUUCCUAAGUCACCUUGUCAGUUGCUCUUCUACAGAGUUGUUUAGUCUAUAAUAUAGGAUCAAGUUUCUCUCCAAGUCCCAAACUCGAUUUAGUGAAAAUGUACAUCACAAGGCGUUUGUCAGAGUAUCGGAGGAAUCCAGCAGAGCUAACACAGCCUCCUCCUGAGGGUCCCAACUCUGGAAUUUUGGUAAUCCAAGACCAAGACUCACAGACACGGGUUACAUGUUGCUUCAGCUCGUGGUUGGUGGUGGAUUCUUCUCUAAGUGGUUUGCCAUUGCCGCAAAAUCUUAAGCUAGCAGUCACAUUCAAUAUCGGAGGAGAUGACAGUACUCGUGACCCAGUUGUGUUCAUUCCUGUUCUUGAUAAGCCUCUAUCUUCAAACUGUUAUUACGCUAUUAAACGACAUGGGAAACAUUCAGGAGAAGCGUCUGGUAGUGCCAAGGAGGAAGAUAAAGUCUCCUGCUGCUUUUGUAUUAGGCAAGUUGCUGAAGCUAAACCAAAACAGCUAGAUCCUUUUGACAUAUACCAACAAUUUGAGAUCCAUCAAAAGAAGCCAUCCUCGCGUUGUUACUACGCAACAUCUGUCGCUCCUGACGGGGUCCCACCAUGGUUUCUCAAGAGAAAGGAGUGGACGGUUGAAUGCUUGAGGUCCCAAGACUUUGAACUGAGAGAUGAUGCAAAAGGACUCAACACAGAGCUUCGUGCCAAGCUUCCCGGUCUUGGUAUGAGCACAGUGGUUGGGAAGUGGUAUGUCCCUUUCAUAUUCGUGAAAGAAAGAGACGCAAAGGAUCAGGUCAAGAAUUCGGUGUAUUACAGCAUGACUCUCGAACAAAAUUGGAAAGAGGUUUUCUCUUAUGAGAACGAUAAAAGCGAAAACCGUGAUGUUGUAGUUGAUGUAGAAAUAGAAACAGAAGUUGUUAAGCUUGAGGGACAAGAGAUUGCAAGAGGUGUUGAAGCAAAUGGGUUUGUCUGGUUUGGGGUUGGAGAAAAAAAGAUCGGUUUAGGAUCGGUUGUUGUUGAGAGGAUGAAAUGGGAAGAAGAGAGAUUCGGGUGGACAUGCAAAGGCGACAAGGAGCGAUCAAUGACAGUUAAGAGAUUGGAGAAAUCAGCAGAUGGUAGCCUUUGGAAGCGUUAUCAUUGUUAUGUUCUGAUAGAGAGCUUUGUCUUGAAGAGAAUGGAUAAGAGUUUGGUCUUAACAUAUGAGUUUACACAUGUAGAUAAGCUCAAAACCAAAUGGGAUUAAGCUUAUCACGCAACGAAUCUGCAAAAGCUUUCUCAAUCUCGAUGACAUGAAUCCAUUGGUCAGUGUGAUUUAUCUAUAGCCAAUUUUAAAUUCGGUUUUUCUGUGUAUUCUGUUUUGAUAAUAUCUUCAACCUUUUUGGGUGAAGAAAGAAUAAAAUAUUGAGUUUGUUUGUCUUCUUACUUGUUAGUACUCAUCCACAGGAGAUUCUGACAAAUGUUUAAGUCAAACUUCAGAUUAUAUUUAUAAACAAUAGCUUAGUAAACUUCCUUGCACGUUCUUAU